CAAUCAAUUCAAGAAAAUCUUAAGGGGUUACCCCCACUUGCAACUUUGAAAAAAUCGAUUUUUCUUUUAUUGCAUUUUUUUGAAGCAUAAGUAACUGAAAGUAUGUCCUGAAAAUUUCAAGUCAAUUCCAACAAAAUUGACUGAGAUAUGAGCUUUGAAAGAGACGAAAGAGACUGAUAUAUACUGAUUUGUAUAUACAUAUAUGCAUCGAUAAAAUGAAUAUCUUUUUUUUAAUUACCACCAUGACUUUUCAGCCUACUUCUGGAAACCAAACUAUUACGUACUCCCACUUACCGGAGUUGAUUCUAUGUAACUUUACAAAAAAAUUAUUUUCUUCGUGGAAACUGAAAUUGAAACUUUAAACGCGUUUUUCUCGAAAUGGCAUUUCUGAAGUCGGUGACCAAGAUUACUCAAACACUAAUGAACCGAUCUUCUUGAAAUUUUGCAGGCUUAUUUAAUACAUAAAAAUGUAGUCUUUAAUCGUUCGAUUUUCUUUUUCGAAAAAAAUGUCCGUUUUAUAGCCAAAAAACGGACGUUUUUUUUCGUUAAAAUCGAACUUUUAACUUAGACUGUCAGCCAUUUUGUGAAAAAUAAAUAUUUUUUUAAAUCCUUCGAUUAAAGACUAGUUUAUACUCAUAUUUGACUAAAUUUAUCCACAUUUUUUGAUUCCGAUGAUUCACUUCGCCGCAAUGUUGGUCACCGCAAACCGUAUAAAUAAAAAUAUUAUUUCGUUGACGGCAGUUUGACACUUAACUAUGUAAUAUUUUUUAACAAAAAAAUUACUAAAAGUUCUUCAAUAUGUGUUCUUUAAGAUGAUAUAGUUAUAGAUUAAAAAGGUUUUGUAGUUUUCUUUAAAAAAAUUCAUAAAAAAGGCUUAUUUUUUUGCGCUACAAGUGGGGGUAACCCCUUAAAGAGAUUAUUGGUCGACUGAUCCAUAUUUACACUGUGAAGUUAUCAAAUCUGCAAUGUCACGUGAUGAUUUUGAACGAAUUAAAGCAAAAUUAAAAUUUUCUAAAUCUAAAGAUAAAGAUAACAAUGACAAGGGAUGGCGAAUCCGUGCGAUUCUUGAAAUAUUUAGGACAAAUAUUCAGAGUUAUGGAUAUUUUCAAACUGCUCUCUCUGUAGAUGAAACGAUGGUUAAGUCUUACGCACGUACAAGUUUGAAGCAAUUCAUCAGAGGAAAACCAAUCAGAUUCGGAUUGAAAUUUUGGGCGCUUUGUACUCAGAAUGGAUUUUUAUUAGACUUAGAUUUGUAUUGCGGAAAAAACUCUUCAGUUGGAGAUAUUUUACCUAAAUGUACAUUAGGUACUCGGGUUGUGAUGCUUCUUUUGAAAAACUUUUUUUCAAAUACUAGUCCACGAAAAAUUUCCGAAUAUCAUCUCUAUUUUGAUAAUUUUUUCACCAGUUUUGAUCUCAUUUUACACUUAAGUAAAUUAGGUUUACGUUCUACAGGCACUAUACGGGAGAACAGAGUUCGUGAAAAAAAUAUAAUUGAUAAAAAUGCUCCUAGAGGUACGUAUGUUGCGAAACAUGAUAAAAACAGUCGGAUUAAUUAUAUAACCAUGAUAGAUUCUAAGCAAGUUUCAAUUGCUUCUACAGCUGCAGGAGUGAAUCCUCUUAUGCCUUUAAACAGGUACAAGGCAGAGCAAAGAUCAAAAGUAGAGAUUCCAUUUCCGAAAGUGUUCCACGUUUAUAACAAAUUUAUGGGAGGAGUCGAUCUCCAUGACGGACAUUGUAAUAAUGUAUUGCCAAGCAUUCGAUCAAAACGAUGGACAUGGGUUGUUUUUGUAAAGUUAAUCCAAUCUGCAAUCACAAAUGCGACUGUAUUAUUUAAUUCCGCUCAUAUGGAAGAAAAUAAGAUUGGAACUAAAGAAUUUGUUCUUGCUAUCGCUAAGCACUAUAUUGGAAACGCUAGUUUGAAGGUUGGACAACCACACAAAACAGUAAACAAAGACAAACAAAAAAAAUGCUCUACAAAACACUGUGUCAUAAGAACAUACAAGUUUUGUAGAAACUGUGAAAAAUACUUUUGCAAACAGUGCUUCAGCCAAUUUCAUUAA